CCGGAAUGGCCCUAUAAUGUUCACGAGCCUAACCACACGUUUAGAGUACAGGAGGUGGAAGUAGAACAUACCAAGGAAUACAGGUAUCUGGGAGUGACUCUUCAAGAAGGCCCGCUGUACUUGGAACUACACGAGAGGAACACCCUAAAAACCUCCAACAUCCGAAAAGGUCACCUGUGGAACAUGGCAAAGUAUUCCUAUAACCCAUACACCCUUGCGACGGCACUGUGGAAGAGUGUCGCAGUGCCGGCGGUCAUCUAUGUUAACGACGCAGUGGUCUUCCAACAGACCACCCUGAAGACACUGGAUCGCCAUCAAGUGGAAAUCGGGAGGUGGGCACUGGGCGGAAACGGGGCAACUGCAAACCUGGCCGUCACGGGAGAGAUGGCCUGGUCGACUUUCAAGCAACGGGAUGCAAGGGCCAAGCUCGGAUACCUCGGGCGCCUGAUCCACAUGCCAGACGAAGCGUACGCCAAAAGGACAUUCCACUACGUUAGAUACCGCAGCAGCAGGACGAACUGGUCAAACACCAUCGCCAGGCUCGACUCUGUGUACAGCAAAGGGACAAGGCGACAUGAGGCCACAUCGGAGAAAAGAUGGCUCAAGGCUGUGACAGAGGAGGUGAACGCGAUUGAACUUGAGGCCUGGAGACAAGCGGUGAGGAAAAAGCAGAGCCUCCAGGGCAUCUACGCGCUCCACAAGUCUGAGCCGUCUCCCUGCACACACUAUCGAGGGGACCAUGAAAGUGCGCUACUGUUUCAGGCAUGGGUAGGAGCGCUGAUGACAGGCUGCCGACGUGCCCAACUCUUCGGAGACACCGACACAGCCUGUCAUUUGUGCGGGCAGUCAAGCGAGGACGUCCUCCACGUGCUGCUGUGGUGCCCUGCCCUAGAACACUGUCGACCACCCUGGGCGACGAGCGAAGAGAGGAUUCCCGAAAUGCUGGGAUUCGGGGAAGGAGCCCACGGUUCACUAGCAACCAAGCGCAUUCUCGUUGAAUGGGAGAGACUGCGUCUGAUCACCAACCAGUGA